GAAUGUGAAUAGACAUUUUACACAACAGUGACAUUUCACAGGUAUUUCGUCAGCUAAAAACAGCAGUGAACAGUGUAGGUGAUUGCCUCGUGUUUUAGCCGCAGUUUAACCAAGUGAAAUUUUAAACAAUAUUUUUGUAAAUUACAAAAAAUGGUACUAGAUUUGGAUUUAUUUAGAACCGAUAAAGGCGGUAAUCCUGAUAAAAUACGUGAGAAUCAAGCAAAACGUUUUAAAAAUGUUGAGCUAGUGAAUACUGUUAUUGAGAAAGAUGCUCUUUGGAGGCAAUUACGACAUAAAGCAGAUAAUUGGAAUAAGCUGAAAAAUGUGUGUAGUAAAAGUAUUGGUGAAAAAAUGAAGAAAAAGGAACCACAAGGGGAUGCAAAUGAAAAUGUACCAGAAGAUGUUAUUAAACAAUUAGAUAAUUUAACUGUUGAUUUAUUAAAACCACUAACUGUAAAUCAAAUUAAGAAGGUUCGUGUUUUAAUAGACGAAGCAAUUAUUCAAACCGAUAAGGAUUUAAUAACAUGUGAAAAUGAUAGAAAUAAUGCAUUAAGAGAAGUUGGUAAUCACUUACACGACUCGGUUCCUGUUAGUAACGAUGAAGAUGAGAAUAAAGUUGAACGCACAUUUGGUGAUUGUGAACAACGGAAAAAAUACUCGCAUGUUGACCUGAUAUGUAUGAUAGAUGGUAUGGAUGGUGAACGAGGAGCCGUUGUAUCUGGUGGUCGUGGAUAUUAUUUGACUGGUCCUGCAGUGUUUUUAGAACAUGCCUUAAUUCAAUUGUCUUUGCGGAAAUUGUAUAAGAAAGGUUACAAACCUUUGUAUACACCAUUUUUUAUGAGAAAAGAGGUGAUGCAAGAAGUUGCACAGUUAUCACAAUUCGAUGAAGAAUUGUAUAAAGUAAUUGGUAAAGGCAGUGAAAAUGCAGAAGAUAAAGCUAUUGAAGAAAAAUAUUUAAUUGCCACAUCGGAACAACCAAUCGCUGCCUUCCACCGUGAUGAAUGGAUUGCAGAAACAUCUUUACCAAUUAGAUAUGCUGGUUUAUCAACCUGUUUUAGACAAGAAGUCGGAUCUCAUGGUAGAGAUACACGUGGAAUUUUCCGAGUACAUCAAUUUGAAAAGGUUGAGCAGUUUUGUUUAACAUCUCCCUUCGAUAACAAAUCCUGGGAAAUGAUGGAUGAAAUGAUUGGUAACGCUGAAGAUUUUUAUCAAUCACUAGGAAUACCAUAUCGAAUUGUAAACAUUGUAUCGGGUGCCUUAAAUCACGCUGCCGCUAAAAAAUUAGAUUUAGAAGCAUGGUUCCCUGGAUCCGGUGCAUUCCGUGAAUUAGUAUCAUGCAGUAAUUGUUUGGAAUAUCAAGCCCGCCGUUUACUUGUACGCUAUGGUCAAACGAAAAAAAUGAAUGCUAACAUGGAUUAUGUGCAUAUGUUGAAUGCAACAAUGUGUGCAACCACUCGUGUGAUUUGUGCUAUUUUAGAAGUCAAUCAAACUGAAACCGGUAUUAAAGUACCAGAAAUCCUUCGAGAAUUUAUGCCAGAAGAUUUACAAGAUGAAAUACCAUUUGUGAAACCAGCACCAAUUGAUGUUGAAACAACAAAAAAAGCAAAAAAACAAAAAGAAGGUAUGGCAAAAAAGGCAGGUGCUGGUGAAGAGUAAGAAGCAUUUAUGGAAUAGAAUCUAUUUAUAGCUAAUUUAAAAAUGUUUGCUUUUUUAAUCGAAUGUGUUAAAAGACGUUAUUUAUUAUUUUUGUACUUUGCAAUGCAAAUUGUACCACGAAUUAUUACAUCUUUUAAUUAUUUUAAUAAAUAAUUCAUAUCUGAAAA